GUCGAACUUCGAUGGAACUCAAGCGGUUGACGGCGCAGGUAGAGGACGCGGAGGUCGUGCUUGAACGCCUACGGCAUAGCAUGGAUCGAGAGAUCGACUCGAGCAUGCCAUCAUCAGAACAGGAUGAGAGACUUCUCCAAAACAUGGCAUUACUCGAGCAGCUGAAGAAAUCACAACCUGACAUGGACGACAAGAUUCAAAGAUUCAUCGACAAGCUCGCAUGGCGAGACCCGAUCACAAACGAUCCUCGAUACGGACCUGCCAUGCAGGAAAAGAUACUCGCGGUGGCAGAGCGGGUUGCGUCGUUGAAAGAAGCGGUGGUUGUUGCUUCAGACGAUCUCACGCCCAAGGUGUCCACAGCACUAAAGAACAAGCAAUUGCGCAAGCAAGAACAGGACGCAAUUGACGCUGAGCGAUCCAAGUUCGAACAGGAACAGGCACGAAUCCAAGCUCAACACGUCGCCGCCUCUCGAGAAACGGCGAAAGCGGCUCAAGAAGCUGCUGAACUCGCAGCACAGGUCGAGCGCGAGGCCCUUGCAAAGGCAGCGCAAGCUAUGAGAGAAGAACGAGCUCGUGUACAAGCGGAAAAGGAGCGAGAAACAGCCGAGGCGCAGCGAUUGCAGGACGAGCUCAAUCAGAGCAUCCCCAUCGGGCUGGAGGGGCUUCAAAUGGCCCUGCGGCUGUUGUAUGGCCAUUUCCAGCAGGACGCGGCGAAAUUCCGUACGGCCAAGAAUACGUUGUUGAUUCUUCUCAAGAACAUAUGCGCGGCCCCCGAGAACGCAACAUACCGGCACAUCAACCCUGCUAACGAACACUUUCACCGCGAGCUGGGACAGUUCCCCGGUGGUUUGCAAUGCUUGUUGGCGUUGGGGUUUCGCCCACUGCGCCAAGGUGCAGGCAGCGACAAAAACGGCGUUAUCUACGUGCUCGAGACUUGGCGUCGGACUUGGACAAGUGGAGCGACUGGUUUGAUGGAUUAAAGACCCUGCGAGACUACAUUGAGACGAAUAAGGACAAGCCUCAUGCUGCCUGACGCCUCCCUCGCCAUCGUUUUUCCCGACGUUCGCUCGGCUGGACCGCAGUGUAGUGUUAUGCGCACUCGCCAUCGCGUCCAAGUGGUUCGGGCAGGUCAAUGCGAUUGCCAUCAACAACUGUGGAAGCGACUCUUCGCACAAACCAUUAGAUUUGCAUGACAACUCCUUGGGCAUAUCGAGCCAUGCCGUCAAUUGUUUGCCGAUCGCAAAUGGUCGAUGUUGCG